AUGGAAGUUGAACGUAAUACAGGAAAUGAUAAACUUAGAUAAUAAGCUGAAGAACACAAAAAUAAAGGAAAUGAUUAUUUUAAAAGAGGAUUAUAUUCAAAUGCUGCAGAAGAAUAUGAAAAAGCUAUAGGUAUUCAAAUUUAUUCAUUUUUAGAACUAUUUGCAAAUGAACCAAAUUAUUAUGGUAAUAGAGCUGCUUGUUUUCUUUAGAUGAAAAAGUAAUUUAAUUAAUAAUAUCAUUAGGUAUAACAAAUGUUUAAAAGACUGUGAAAAAGCUCUUAGUUUAGAUCUAAAUAACAUCAAAUUUCUUAGAAGAAAAGCUUUGAGUUUAUAAUAUUUGGGACUCUUUAAUGAAGCUAAACCUAUUUUUGAGCAAAUUGUUAAUUUAGAUAAUAGUGAAUAAUCUCUUAAAGAACAUAAAUAAAUAAAAGAAUUGAUCAAUUAUUUGUAAUAAGCAAAAUAGAAAUUGGAUUCUAAUUAAUAUAAGGAGGCUUUAUAAUUUAUAGAGAAAGUUGCUAAAGAAGUUCCUGAUGCUGUAGAUAUUUAAAUUUUAAAUUGUGAAUGUUUAGCCAGAACAUCAAAUAUUAAUUAAGCAUAAGAAUAAUUGAGACUUAUUUAAGAUAAACAUGGACCAAGAGCUGAAACAUAUUAUUUAAAAGGAUUAAUAGAAUUAUAUGGAGGAAGUCCAGAUAAGGCAAAAUCUAUUCUCUAAGAAGGAGUUAGAUAAGAUUAGAAUAAUAAAAAAUGUUUAGCUGCUUAUCAAAUGGCAAAAGAUUAAGAUAGUUAUAAAUCAAAAGGAAAUGAUUGUUUAAAUUCAAAUAAAUUUAAUGAUGCUAUUGAUUAUUAUACUAAAGCAUUAGAAGUUGAUUCUAACAAUUUUAAAUUCAAUUCUAUAAUAUAUGCAAAUAGAGGAUUAGCUUAUUAGAAAUUGAAAGAUCAUAGAAAAGCAGUAAAUGAUUUUGAUAAAUCAAUUGAAUUGAAUGAAAAAUAUUUCAAACCUUAUUUGAGAAGAGGAGAUUCAAGAUAAGAAUUAGGAGAUUUAGAUGGUGCUUAAAGUGAUUAUUAAAAAGUAAUGGAAUUAGAUUAAGGAUCAAUAUAAUAAAUGAGAUAGAAGAUAAAUGAUAUAACAAGAAAAUAGAAAUAAUUAUCAAAAAAAGAUUAUUAUAAAAUAUUAGAAGUAGACAAAAAUGCCACUGAUGCAGAUAUUAAAAAAGCAUAUAGAAAAUUGGCAUUAUAAUGGCAUCCAGAUAAAAAUAAAGAAAAUGAAGAAUAAAAGGUAAAUUCUUUUAUAAUAAUUAUAAUAGAAAUUAGCUGAUAAAAAAUUUAGAGAAAUUGCAGAGGCUUAUAGUGUAUUGAGUGAUAAAUAAAAAAGAUAACAAUUUGAUAUGGGAGUAGAUCCAAAUGAUCCUAUGGGAGGUGCAGGAGGAUUUGAAACAAAUAUUGAUCCAACUUAAAUAUUUAAAAUGUUUUUUGGAGGUGAAGGAGGAGCAGAUUUUGGUUUUGGAAAUAUGGGAGGAGGAGAAUUUCCAGGAGGAUUCCAUACUAUGUUUACAAGUAAUUUAGGUGGAAUGGGUUAGAAUAUGAGAGGAGGAUCAGGAUUUCCAUUUUAAUUUGGAGAUUUCUCAUAAUAAGGAGGGGCAGGAUUUCCUGGAUUUUAAUUUCAAGGGAUGCAAUUCACAUAAUAACAAUAAAGAAGAAAAUGA